GAAAUUUGAGGGGACACAAUGCAGCCCAUAACACUCAUAACUGACUCUACAUAGAGUGUAAGUGAACAUUUUUAAUUCGAGAGAGAGACAUCGGUCCAUACCAGCGACAUUCUUCCGGGACAGCGGGCACCCGGUGCUCAUCCUACUAAGGCAAACACCGAGGGGUCGGUCAGACAUUUAAGGUGCCCCAAGCUGACCCCAGAAGCUCGCAGCACACUCUGAUCCCGGAGCUGCUCUGGGAGAAAGGGCAGCGGGGGUCCAGCCCCUCCUUCACUCCCUCCUCGCGAGUCCCCUCUGACCGGUACCGUGGGGAACCUUCCGCCGGAGGAUUCCAGGUGUCCAGGCUCCUUGUUUCUUUUUCAUGACUGCACAAUUCACCGAAGUUUGAAAUGGGUGCGUUUGCUGCCGUCUGACGGUCUUCAGCUUUGGAAGCCUAACUCUGUGGCUGGCGUUCAGCCGUCCCCCUGGCGUCCGGGCGCGCUCCCGAGACCGUGCCCACGGCCUGGCGCUGGCGGGCCUGCUUAAUUUUUCCACUUUACCUCUUUUGGGAGAUGGGCUUGCUAACCACCCUGCUCAGCUGUGAUACCCAAGAAAAGCUGAGCGGGGAAAGUUAGCUGCCGCCUCCCUGUGACCCGCUUGCACAUACAGGCCAAUAAACCCGGGCAGAGUGACAGUGACAGCUGCCUGGUGGCGUUCAGAGGGAAUCGAGUGGUUCAGUUCUGCAGCCCCAGGGACAGUAUACCGUUACAGCCCGGCUGCUCAGAGAGAAACCGCCGAAGCUCCCCCGCUGCCGCGCCGGAGGCUGGGGCCCCUGCCGGGGCUGACCGGGAGCCCCCGCGUCCGCCGCCGCACUCUGUCCUCGCCGCCGCUCUCGCUGCCUGCCUGCGCAGGCCGCUUAGCAGCCGGGGUGCGACAGGACCCCAGCCUUCGGGCGGCGGCGGAGAGAGGGUGCAAAGGAGGGAGAAUGGGGGCGCGGCAGUCAAGUGCCCACUCCCAGGACAAGGGCCCCAAGGGGAUGGUGCUGCUGGCCGGGAGGCAGAAAUUCUCGCCGUGGGACGAUGCCCUGCUCUCCGGAAAGGACCCACGGUCUCUGCUGAAGCGGGGCAUGCGCCACGUCAGCUUCAGCCUGGUCACCAAGGGAAUGACAGACAUCCCCGACUUUCUGUGGGGCUUGUCUGAGGUCCAGAAACUCAAUCUGUCUCACAACCAGCUCAGGGUUCUCCCGCCCGAGGUGGGGAAGCUGACUCGGCUCGUGGUCCUGAACCUGUGCGGGAACCGCCUAAAGAGUCUGCCCCGAGAAAUCAGCCUCCUCAAGAGCCUGAAGGUGCUGUUCGUCAACAUGAACUGCCUGACCGAGAUGCCGGCCGAGCUGAGCGCCUGCAAAAACCUGGAGGUCCUGAGCCUGUCGCACAACUGCCUUUCCCAGCUUCCUGCCAGCUUCGCCGACCUCCCCAGACUGAGGAAGCUCAACAUCAGCAACAACUAUUUUGCUCACAUCCCCAUCUGUGUGUUUUCACUGAAGGAGCUGGAUUUUUUGCACGUGGGCUCUAACCGCCUGGAAAACAUCGCUGAGAGCAUCCAGUGUCUGGUCAGCCUGCAGAUCUUCAUCGCGGAGAGAAACAAUAUCCACUCCUUCCCGCGGUCUCUCUGCCUGCUCACGAGCCUGGAGCUGCUGAACUUGAACAACAAUGACAUCCAGACCCUCCCGGACGAACUCUACCUGCUGUGUCGACUGGCGAGGAUUGCUUGGAACCCCAUGGACAAGGGGCUCCAUAUUUCCCAUAACCCUCUCUCCAAGCCUCUGCCAGAGCUGGUGGAGGGGGGCCUGGAGAUGCUCUUCAGCUACCUGAAGGAUAAAAAGCACAACUGAUGCGGCCCAGGAAGCGUGGACUGGAGCCAGUGCAUGGAGACUUGUCAGCUGGGUACUUGUCUAGUCUAAACUUUCUCCCCUUACUGUUUGCGUGGCUCAGUGCUUGUGUUACCAUUUGCUAAAUCGUAUUGAACACCUGUUGUAGGGAAGUGUUUGCUUUGAACUCUAUAGGUUCCUAAUAAGCCCCAAAAUAUUAUGUUCAUCUCAUUCUAAACAUAAAUUGAAGCAGGCCUUUGGUUUUCUCCGAAGAGAAAUAAUUGCUCUGAUUCUUCUGAGGAGUAGUGGGAUUCAGCCCUUGGAAUAGUGGACAGCAGGUCUGAUUCAAUGCAAUCCGAAAGUCAGAUAUUUGCUAAGCAUGUGGUGUGAGCCAAGUGCGAUGUGAGGCACUGACACCAUCUGGUUUCAACCCUCGAAUCGGCAGCCUGCAGCCAGGUAACAGCGAGACACACUCCUCCAUCAGCCUUGUUCUGAUACUGCCGCAUUCAGAUCACUCCCAGGUAUUUCUAAGGCUUCUGAGGAUGACUGCACUGACUGUGGAGUUAUUUAGCCAAAGAAUACGAGCUAACUGGGUGCUUGAUGUGGGGAGCUGGCUGCUCACGUUCUUGAUGACACUGCGGUUUUCAUGUCACCUGGCUCUCAGUUCAGAGCAAUCUCAGUGGUGUGUUUAGAAACUCCUUUUGAAGCAAUUGUAGCUUAAAACCAUACAAUUAAGAAGAAAUCCUAUGUUCAUAGGAAAGGAUGACGACUUUGAAAAGACACAUCUGUUCAAGGAAUAAUACUGCUAAAUGCAUAAAACUCCUGCAUAAUAGAAAGAAAAAUGUCGUCAUUACUUAGUUUGUUGGCUAAAUAAAUGGUUAAUAGAAGAAUUGUACUCCAUUCUCAGGCUUAGCUAAUAGGCUGCCUUUCUGCAGUAACCGAAGACAGAGCGACCACGGGACUGUGCACCUGUGCGCACACUGACGUCGCACUGGCACUGGCGAGAGAGGAUGCUGCUGUUAUGGCAGGGAUCCAGUAAACGAAACAUUUUUCUUCUGGUCAUGUAUCAGUGCAUUUUAAAAUUCCAUUUCAUAUGCCUCAAAGCAUGUACUAACUAAAUAUGCAUUUUGAUAGCUACGCAUUAAAAACAGAGGAAGAUUGAAGGACUGUGGGCUUCGUCACUGGAAGACACAUGCAAGUGUCAACACCUGAGAUCACGGGGCUGAGUGAGGCCUGAAGGCUGGGCUUCAGUGCCUCUUCUCAGUAAUAUCCAUACCCUACGGAGAGUCUGUCCUGAUGGAGUUCCUGAGAUUCUGUUACAAAAGAUGAAAAAUAGAAGAUGAGUUCAGGAAAUGGUCUUAAAAAAAACAAAAACAAAAAAGCAAAAAUUCAAGCUGCUAGAUUUAGCUAAUAUGAAGAUACUACUCAAUUUCCAUCAGUAUCUACUUAACUAUCCACACGUGCUCUAUCUUCUUACUCCAUCAGAGUUAUUUUCAGUACCGUGUAAGACAUACUUGAGAAACACCAAAUACCCAGCCAUGAUUAAAUGUGCAACUAAGUACCAGUAUACUUGAUAUAGUUAUAAUUCAUCCCAAAAUACCAAAACACAACCUCUCCAUAUAUUUUAAGAAAAUGGAAUAAAAUUCAGAGGAACAUGAAAGCUAUUAUAAACAAUAAUGGGAAUGAUCUUGACCUUGUUGAGAAAAGAACUUUUUAUUAAAUGUUCCUUUUAAGUUGUAUGUCCAGUUGAAUCCAAAGCAUUACUAAUUAAAAAAAAAAGGGACAGCACAGUAAUAAAAGAGAUGCAGAGAAGGCUGGUCAUGAGUCUGUGAGCGUCAUUAGGCAAGCAUUGCUGAAGGCCUUAGCAUGCAGCUUGCUAUGCAGAUUUGUUUUAGUGGUGUCAAAGGAAUCUACUUGCAGGGAGAGAGCUUAUUCCUCACUGCUUCUAGACUUACUCCUUAUUUCAGCAUAGGACAGAAAAUAAAAGGUGAACGGAAGUCCAUUCUGAAAGUGUCAAAGUAUUUACUGAUACUCUUGAGAGAAACAUACGUUGUGAAAACUACAAGACCAUUGGCCUGAUGGCAUGGGCUAGAGCUGCUGAUGGAACAUCACCUAAUCACCCGUAUUCUUUGGUCUUGAGUGACUUGAGUUCAGAAGUCAGUGUGCCAGGACAUGCCGCUUGGGGGAAUGUGUGUUCUUCUGUCUCCUGAAUGUCAUGCCCAUCACCCUGUGCAUGCAUUCGAGAAGAGGCCCUGUGGCGUAGUGGGAAAAGCUCUGGCCUGAGAGCUGCAUGUGUUGAUUGCACAGGACUUACUGAGCAUCUGUGCAUCCUAAACUACAAGUGUUGGGGACAGGACGAGAGACAAGUUCCCCACCCUCCAAGAGCUCCCAAGUCCCUGGGCAAAGAAAACAAGGCUCAGCUAAACAUGAUGCAGUCCUCUGCGGACAACUGCCUUAAUCGAUGCCUAAACUAGCACAAAGCCAUGGGGCGGGGCUGCAGGAGGCGCAGAGGUGUGGUGUGACUGAAAUGGUGUGGGGUAUACACAAUCUAACACAAUGGUUAUCGACCCAAUGGUUCCUUUGUUUUGCUUUGUCUUGAUGGAAAAUUUGUGACUCUCAUUGUUGCAGAGUGGUCUGCUUUAUAACACCUUUGUGGCAGUUUUUUUCCUGCUUGAAUCUAAGAUUUGGGCAGGCACAUGGGGGGAGAAGGACACAUUACAAUAAUGGUGGCACCGUGUGUCAUGGGUUCAAGAGGUGCUCCCAAGCCCCUCUCCCACCGCAUGUGGGCGAAGGUCUCUCCUGAGCGUUCUGGAAGGACCGUGGGUUAGCAUGGCCUUCAACACUGGCUGCUCAUCAGAAGCCCCUGUGGAACUUCAGAAAAAGAAAGCCUUAAAUUUCAAUUUGAGAGAUUCUAAUAUAGUUGGUUUGAGUGAGGCCUGAGCUGCUUUUUUUUUUUUUAAGCUCACUACAUAAUUCUGCCGGUGACUCUGAGCUGAGAAAUAGUGAUGUAGGCUCUUACCUAAACAGUCAGAUAUGGGACUAAGCCAACGGGGCCCGGAGCUACCAGCUGAAAGAGAGCAGUCGAAGGUGGGAGAUCUCUGAACCUGGCCGGUGGAUGGUAGCCCUGCUGGGGCCUCGUGAUUAAAUUCAUCUGGGCACUUGUGGAAAAUUUAGAAUCCCAGGUUCCUUUGGAAGACUCUCAGAUUCAGGAGGUCUAGGGCAGGGCUGGCAUGUGUGGGUCUGACAAGCACUCUAGCUGUUUCCUGUCAUAAGGCUGACUGGAGAAAACCUGCGCUAGCGGCAUGUGUGCCCACCAGAAAAGGGCUGCCGCUCGGAUUCUAGAUUAAGCUGCUCCCUGGACGCUCCUGAUUUUCCUGACGAGCUCUGCCGCUAGGCUUCGAACUCUUUGCUGACUUUUACUUUUGCAUCCAGCAUAGGGAAGCUGUUCAGUAAUGAUGUACUGAAUGAAUGCACGAGAAAAUGAACCCGUGUGCACGGACGACUCAGCCUCUCAGGGCCUCAGUUUUCUGUAAAGUGAGGCAAUUGAACUUACUUUAAGGAUAUUGAAAAUAAAAUAAAACAAAAUGCUGAACAGUUCUGAAAGCCAAGCAGUUCUAUUGGCAUGUUGGGAGACUGAGACCUGAAGAGCUUAAAUUGCUCGUCAAUCUAGUAAGUGAAGGAGCUGGGCCCUGACUCCGGGUGUGUCUGAUUCCAGGAACGGCGCUCUCAACCACUGCUCCCAGUUUUCUCUCAGUUGUAGCGAUUCUGUUAAAAUACUUGGCUCUGAAAAUCGAAGACAGCUGAAGGACUGUUGUAGACAUCAAUUCAGCCCUUCAAUAACGUGUUCAAUACCUCCACAAGUGACAGUAAAUCAAGGAUGAAAUGCAACAGCAAACAGCGAAGGCACAUUUCACAUAUGCUGGCAGCUCUGUCAUUUCAAGCCUCAGACGGAACACUGGAUCAAAAUGCCACAUAUGAUGGAUGGUGCUUGUAAGUCCCAGAUGAGUUGCUUUGGCUGCUGAUAUAGCGCGUACUUUUUAUACUACGUAGUCCAAGUCAAAAGAAGAAAACAUUUUAAAUGUAUGGCAAAGUUUAGUCCCGUCCCAUCCCAUGGGAAAAUCCAUACCCCUGGAUAUCCUUGUAAGAAGUGCCUGUCUAGGCACGCUAUUCCACAGUUUGUCCCUCACUGGGAGAGAGCAACAACCAGCAAGAAAGAGGUCAACAGCUCUCCAGGGUGCCUAGGUCGGGUGGCCCACUGCGGAAUCCUCACGUACCAACCCCAACUCUGAGGCUGAUUCUGCUUCUUACUCUUUCCGCCUCGUUCACCAGCACGGUCCUCUCAAGCUCAAGGCCCUUUUCUUCCAGAGCUUGCAUUCAUCUUGUUUCCUGAAAGCCUCCAUAUGUUAGCCUUUCAUUUUCCCAGUUUUGUUUUGGUUUCCAUUCAGAAUCCUCUGAAGUUAUUUCACUCUGCUGUAGGAAACCUUUGUGCCCAUUCUGAGGUGUGCUUCUGGGAUAAUAGACCCCCAGGCUGCAAGUUUGAAAUGCUGUUGUGGCAUUCCUUGUUAAGUGGUUGAAGGGGAUUAAUGUCACUCACCUCUUCUCCUUUUGCUGUGCCUCUAAUUUCAAGAGUCAUGAGGUAGAGCCAUCUGUCCUCCUCUCUAUUUAUCAAUAUAUUUAGACAAGCCUAAUCCCUCUACUGUGCUGGGAUGUCGCCCAGGAAGUAUCCAUAGCCUCUGGGGCUGACAUUACAGCAUCGUCUACGCACAGUUGUAGGUAUGUGGCUGUGAGGGACACGUUAGAUGGCACCCAAUUAAGUGACCAGUUCUUUCUUGCCUUCUGUUGGUAGCUUUAUGGCAACGUGGAUGCCACAUGGGAUGUGUGAAUUACCUGGCACAGCCCCACUACUGCCUAAAAUAGUUCCUUACAUGUGGUCAGCGGGGUCAGUUGCCACAGAGACCAUAUUACAGAAGGCAUUUUCCAAGUCUAUUUGAAAGCUGGAAUUAAUAUUGUUAAAUGAAGUAAAGUGUCUCCUCUAAUUGUGCCUUUUGAACUAAAUCAGGGUCAGCAAAUUACAGGCUGCAGACUAAUUCUGGAUCAUUGCCUGUUUGAGCAAAUAAAGUUUUAUUGGAGUGUAGCGCCGCUCCUAGCCUCUCCUUUACACAUUGUCUCUGGCUGC